UGGGUUGGUGUGCCUCCUUCACCUGUGAGCUGGCUGGGGAGCAGAACGUGUUGAUCUAGAUGGUAGAAGAAGAAGGAAGCUGGAGCUAUACCUGCAGACUGCGAUUUGUGUGCUGGAGCCAAGAUCUUUAGGUGUCCCACUUCCUUGGAGCUCGAAAUGCUGGGAUUUUACUCACCUAGAAGCCUACAAGAAAGGAAAAACACAAAAUCUUCAGCUUCCUAUGCCGCAGGUAAACGCAAAGCGCUGAAGUUAAAUUUUGCAAAUCCACCUUUCAAGUCUACGGCAAGAUUUACUCUAAACACUUCAGGAGUUCCUUUCCAAAAUCCACACAUUGAUACACAAGCAACACUGGGUAGUAAUCACAUUGUCCCGUUCAGUUUCAAAAGGAGAGAAGCGGACCUCAUCCAGAAACUUUCCAGCAGGCUACAAGAGAGACUGAGAACACACAGCAUUGAAUCAUCAGGAAAAUUGAAGAUUUCCCCUGAACAGCAUUGGGAUUUUACAGCAGAGGACUUGAAAGACCUUGGAGAAAUUGGACGAGGCGCUUAUGGUUCUGUCAACAAAAUGGUCCACAAACCAAGUGGGCAAAUUAUGGCAGUUAAAAGAAUUCGGUCGACAGUGGAUGAAAAAGAACAGAAGCAGCUUCUGAUGGACCUUGAUGUAGUAAUGCGAAGCAGUGACUGCCCAUAUAUUGUUCAGUUUUAUGGUGCACUCUUCAGAGAGGGUGAUUGUUGGAUCUGUAUGGAGCUCAUGUCUACCUCGUUUGAUAAGUUUUACAAAUAUGUAUAUAGUGUAUUAGAUGAUGUUAUUCCAGAAGAAAUCCUAGGCAAAAUCACUUUAGCUACUGUGAAAGCACUAAACCACUUAAAAGAAAACUUGAAAAUCAUUCACAGAGAUAUCAAACCUUCCAAUAUUCUUCUGGACAGAAAUGGAAAUAUUAAACUCUGUGACUUCGGCAUUAGUGGACAGCUUGUGGACUCCAUCGCCAAAACACGAGAUGCGGGGUGCCGGCCGUACAUGGCGCCGGAAAGGAUAGAUCCCAGCGCAUCCAGGCAAGGCUAUGAUGUCCGCUCAGAUGUCUGGAGCUUGGGGAUUACACUGUAUGAGCUGGCCACAGGGCGAUUCCCGUACCCCAAGUGGAACAGUGUGUUUGACCAGUUGACGCAAGUAGUAAAAGGAGACCCACCACAGCUGAGUAACUCAGAGGAAAGGGAAUUCUCCCCAAGUUUCAUCAACUUCGUCAACUUGUGCCUUACAAAGGACGAGUCCAAAAGGCCAAAGUACAAAGAGCUUCUGAAACAUCCCUUCAUUCUGAUGUAUGAGGAACGCACAGUGGAUGUUGCAUGCUAUGUUUGUAAAAUCCUGGAUCAAAUGCCAGCAACUCCCAGCUCUCCAAUGUAUGUCGAUUGAUAUUGCUGCUACGUCAAACUCUAGAAAAAGGGCUGAGAGAAAACAAGCUGUAAAGAAUUUUCAUCACAUAUUGCAGUGUUUUUAAUGCUCGCCCAGACACCAUGUGCAAUAAUAUUGGUGUUAUUUCCAUCCUGUCUGUAUACUGUUGUCACAUAUAAAGUGCAUCCCUGUAAUACCUGAUCACACAGUGUUAGUGUUGGUCAAAGAGAGACCUCAUCUGCUCUUUUGUGGACAUAUUCAUGAAAUGUGGAAAUAAGUACAUUUAUUUGUUGACCGUGAUUGGAUAGCACCUAAAAUUCAUUUCUAGACUCAAAACUUGGAGACUCCUCAGCAGCUACUGGAAAGAUUUUUCUCUCAAAUUCUUCCAAUUGUUGUUUCAAGUAAUAAUAAAAAGCAAACAAACAAAAGUUAGGCGUUGUCUGUCUGAACAUUAAAAGACUUUGCCUGGAGGGAGAAGAACUUGCUUAACCAACGAGAUGCUUUGUCUUCUGGAGCUAGAAAGGCAAAGGAGAAUUUAAUUCUUCACAAAGUGCAAUAGAUUUACCGCUAUGAAAUUCUGUUGCUUUACAGUCGCAGUGUACUUUCUGGGGACAGUGUGCUCAGCUGAACUUCCUGUUAAAAGAGAGAUCAUGUUAAAUAUAGUGAAUAUGUCUUUACCAAAAAUAUGUCGCGUUGAAAGAGGCUAACAUUAAACUAUUCAGAGAUGGGACAUAAUGUAUUCUUUCUCCUUUUACCAAGCCAGCCACUCUUCACUCUUAACUAGGCGUCCUGUAAAUUGUUACCUGGUAAGAUAAGACCUUUGAUCUGAAGAAUUAUUAAACUACUCGAUUGAAUUUAACCCGCUUUGUGACCUGAUUUAUAGCUGCACAGCGCUCACCACCAGCUGGCUUUGCUUUGACUUCGACAAGUGCUGUUCACAAAGUCUGUGGCUGUUUUAAUGAGCCAGAAAUGAACGUCUGCAAAUCAUAGUCAGUGCUUCUCAUGCUCUUCACUGUUCCCAGCUCUGCUGCUAGCUCCGUUUCCUUGCCCACAGCCCAGCCAGCAGCACUGCCACUUCCCAGCCCUGCGUGUCCCUAGCACGGCCAGACCUCAGCAGUUCCUUCUCAGCACUGUGCAGGAUGGCUGUCCUGCCAUGCUGAGUCUGUGCCCGUUGUGCUGCUGCAAAUGUGAUGCUCUGCUUGGUUGGAAGCCUCGUUCGCCUUUUGGGUGUAUGUAGCCUCUUGUUACCCUGGGAAGCUCACGUUGUUGUACUUUAAAGCGAACCUUGCUGAGAACCUUACAAGGUAGCAGAGGUGAGGGAAUGUCAAACCCCUUCUGGGUUUUCAAUUGACCCAGCAAGACCAGGCGAGGUGUUGGACUGCCCAGAGCUGUGGGUGCCCUGUCCGUGGAGGUGCCCAAGGCCACAGGUGGGCCCCGUGCAGCCUGAGCUGAUGGGCAGCCAGCCCAUGGCAGGCAUUGGAACUGGAUGAAGUAGAUCAGCUGUCAUUUUAUCUUCUAAAUUUGGCAUCUUUUUCAGAGAUUAUUUUUUUUUCUGAGCACUUUUUUUCCCCCUCCAAACUACUGCAAUUCUCAGACAUUGGGUAGCAUGCUGGGGAUCAAAUGGAGGCUAUGUGAUUUCCAGUUUGAAUUGUCCACUUUUCAGCGCUCCAUACGACUUUGCCAAAAUGCGAGCAGCCCACGUGAAGCUUUGGCAGAGGGAUGGAUAUGCAGAGCAGUGCGCACACAGCAGCAGGAGAUUUGCCCGGAUGGGGCUUCGCACUUCGGUGCCACCGGGACGCAGCGGGAGCACAGCGCGUCCCUGCCCCUGCUCCUCGGCUGGGGAAGCGCGGAGCCCAGGCCACGCCUGUGAGGCCCGGCAGAGGGCGCACUGCGCUGCGUCCCCAGCUGCGCUCGGCUGAGGCUGUGUCCCCAGAACCCGGGCAGCGCUCCUGCAGCGCCAAUGGGGCAGCGCUGAGCUCCGCAAGGGAAAAAAAAAAAACAGAAUUUCCUGCAGUGAGCGGUGCUCUGGUUAAAUCAGAGCAGGUCCGUAGUGUGGCUGCAGCAGUAAUGAGUCGGAGCCAGGCGUGGGCUGUGCGGUGGCACCGCUGUGCAGAACGCGUUUAAUAUGCAUCGAUUUCAGCUAUUAAGGGUGCACCAUUUAUUGCAAUGUAUCUUUAUAAAAAAAUAAGUGUAUAGUGUUCAGAAGCCGUGGAAAUAGUGUAAGAACUGUACAUUGUGUACUCUGCUUACUUUUUUUCUUCUUGUACCAUAGGAAAAAAGAUGUAUAAAAAUGAUCACAAAGCCGAUGUGCAGGGAUGUUGCCUUAUUGUCUGUAAAAUGGAGCUCAGGAACAUAACUGCUUCAGAGAGCUUCAGAGUAUUUUAUCCGGUAUCCUGGUUGGACUUCCUUCUCUAUUUAAGAUAUUAUACAUGGAUCAGAGUGUUUAUGUAAUAGUUCUAUCCUUUUGCCUGCAGGUCAGUUGUAAUAAAAAUAGGAUGCGACUGUG